GGGAGGAGCAGGACGCGCCGGGGCCGCCUCCUCCCGCGAGGACCCAUGAACCAGCCGGGCGGCGCGGCGGCUCCGCAGGUCCUCCCUCUACGAUCUGCUCCUGUUGGCGGCUUUUGUGAUCAGCCUCAACUUCUGGCUGACGGAGCCAGUGCAGCAGGAAGGAAAAGCACGGCAAGCAGGGAGCGCUUGAAGCGCAGCCAGAAGAGCACCAAGGUGGAGGGGCCAGAGCCUGCGCCGGCUGAGGGCUCACUGAGCGCCGAGCAGGGAACCAUGACGGAGGUGAAGGUCAAGACAGAGCUGCCAGACGACUACAUCCAGGAGGUGAUCUGGCAGGGCGAGGCUAAGGAGGAGAAGAAGGCGGUCGGCAAGGAUGGGGCUGGAGACGUGCCUGCUGAGAUCUGUGUGGUGAUCGGUGGAGUCCGCAACCAGCAGACCCUCGAUGGAAAAGCGCCCGAAGGCAGCCCCCACCGUGGAUCUGUGCGAAGCCGCUAUUCAGGGACCUGGAUUUUUGACCAAGCGUUGAGAUAUGCAUCUGGAUCCUAUGAGUGUGGAAUCUGUGGCAAGAAGUACAAGUAUUACAACUGCUUCCAGACCCAUGUACGGGCACACCGAGACACCGAAGCCACCUCGGGGGAGGGAGCCUCCCAAGGCAACAAUUUCAGGUACACAUGUGAUAUCUGUGGGAAGAAGUACAAAUACUACAGCUGUUUCCAAGAGCACCGAGACCUGCAUGCAGUGGAUGUGUUUAGUGUGGAAGGGGCCCCCGAAAAUCGGGCAGACCCCUUUGACCAAGGUGUGGUGGCCGCUGACGAGGUGAAGGAGGAACCCCCGGAGCCAUUCCAGAAAAUUGGGCCAAUGAACAAUAUUACAUCAGAAAUUUUUAAGAAGAAAGAAGUUAGGCAGUGCCAAAAGAGAGAAACCGGCAAUUACACCUGUGAAUUCUGCGGAAAGCAGUACAAGUACUACACUCCCUACCAGGAGCACGUGGCCUUACACGCCCCCAUCAGUACCGCCCCCGGGUGGGAGCCACCGGAUGAUCCAGACACGGGCUCUGAGUGUUCACAUCCAGAGGUCUCCCCGUCUCCACGCUUCGUGGCAACGAAGACCCAGACGAACCAGUCGGGGAAAAAAGCUCCGGCCUCCGUGGUCCGAUGUGCCACCCUCUUACACCGCACCCCUCCAGCCACCCAAACCCAGACGUUCCGCACUCCAAAUUCGGGAUCUCCAGCAAGCAAGGCAACCGCAGCAGAAAGCGCUUUCAGUCGGAGAGUAGAAGGCAAAGCACAAAACCACUUUGAAGAGACGAAUAGCAGUUCCCAAAACUCCAGCGAAACUGCAAGUCCCCUGAUUUCCAAUCCUUUCCCUCUCCUACAGAAACCCUACACGUGCGGUGCCUGCGGGAUCCAGUUCCAGUUCUACAACAACCUACUGGAGCACAUGCAGUCGCAUGCAGCGGACAAUGAGAACAACAUCGCCUCCAACCAGUCCCGGUCACCACCUGCUGUUGUUGAAGAGAAGUGGAAACCCCAGGCCCAGAGGAAUAGCGCCAACAACACCACAACCAGCAGCUUAACACCCAACAGCAUGAUCCCUGAGAAGGAACGGCAGAACAUAGCAGAGCGGUUGCUGCGGGUCAUGUGUGCUGACCUGGGCGCGCUGAGCGUGGUGAGUGGGAAGGAGUUCCUGAAGCUGGCCCAGACGUUGGUGGACAGCGGCGCCCGCUACGGUGCCUUCUCCGUCACCGAGAUCCUGGGUAACUUCAACACGCUGGCGCUGAAGCAUCUGCCGCGCAUGUACAACCAGGUGAAGGUAAAGGUGACAUGUGCCUUGGGCAGCAAUGCCUGCCUGGGCAUCGGCGUCACCUGCCACUCACAGAGUGUUGGCCCCGACUCCUGCUACAUCCUCACGGCCUACCAGGCGGAGGGCAACCACAUCAAGAGCUACGUGCUGGGUGUGAAGGGGGCAGACAUUCGUGACAGUGGCGACCUGGUGCACCACUGGGUACAGAACGUGCUAUCAGAGUUCGUGAUGUCGGAGAUCAGGACAGUGUAUGUGACGGACUGCCGGGUGAGCGCAUCUGCUUUCUCCAAGGCCGGCAUGUGCCUUCGCUGCUCAGCCUGUGCCUUGAACUCGGUGGUGCAGAGCGUGCUGAGCAAGCGGACGCUGCAGGCCCGCAGCAUGCACGAGGUCAUCGAGCUGCUCAACGUGUGCGAGGACCUGGCCGGCUCCACGGGCCUUGCGAAGGAGACUUUCGGGUCGCUGGAGGAGACCUCGCCGCCACCCUGCUGGAAUUCCGUCACGGACUCACUGCUCCUGGUGCACGAGCGCUACGAGCAGAUCUGCGAGUUCUACAGCCGGGCCAAGAAGAUGAACCUCAUCCAGAGUCUCAACAAACACCUGCUCAGCAACCUGGCGGCCAUCCUGACGCCCGUGAAACAGGCGGUCAUCGAGCUGAGCAAUGAGAGCCAGCCCACCCUGCAGCUGGUGCUGCCCACCUACGUCCGGCUGGAGAAGCUGUUCACGGCCAAGGCCAAUGACGCGGGCACCGUCAGCAAACUGUGCCACCUCUUCCUGGAGGCGCUCAAGGAGAACUUCAAGGUGCACCCAGCACAUAAGGUGGCCAUGAUCCUGGACCCGCAGCAAAAGCUGCGGCCUGUGCCACCCUACCAGCACGAGGAGAUCAUCGGCAAGGUGUGUGAGCUCAUCAAUGAGGUGAAGGAGUCCUGGACCGAAGAGGCCGACUUUGAGCCCAGCGUCAAGAAGCCGCGCUCCGCCCCCGGCGAGAACGCUGCAGCUCAGGAAGACGAUCGGCUGGGGAAGAACGAGGUGUACGAUUACCUGCAGGAGCCCCUCUUCCAGGCCACCCCUGAUCUCUUCCAAUACUGGUCAUGCGUGACCCAAAAGCACACAAAACUCGCCAAGCUGGCCUUCUGGCUCCUAGCGGUUCCGGCCGUGGGGGCCAGGAGCGGUUGUGUAAAUAUGUGUGAACAAGCUCUUCUAAUCAAAAGGAGGCGACUGCUCAGUCCAGAAGAUAUGAACAAACUCAUGUUUCUGAAAUCCAACAUGCUUUAAGGCUUGACUCAGAACAAAGAGAAAAGAAGGAAAAAAAAUAAGAGAACAUUAGGGAAAAAACAAACAACACUGUCGCAAACAAAGAAAAGGAAUUUUAAGUUCUAAACACUGUGGACCUCAUUAUAAAUGCCCCCUGGAAACUUAAGUGCUUUUUUUCAGUGUGUGUGUGCAUGUGUGUGCACACCCGCACGCGUGCAACUGUGUCCAGACCCGUGUGCGCAGCUGUGGGGUGUGUGGGCUCUGGGCUCAACAGGCUUCGUGCACGCAUGCACACACACACUACCCUGGUGCAUGUACACAUGCCUGCUCGUGGGCGCGUGUGCAUUAAACUGGGUGUGUCAGGAAAGCUAAGUGGGAAAGAGGGAAGGCGCUUCACCUCCUUUUCUCAGAAGGGGGCUUUACAAGACUCCGUUUUCAGGUGUGCAGAUCGGUAGAAAGCUGAUGUAAAAUGUUCAGGCAGCUGAGAUCUGAAGUGACUUGACGCUCUCUGUCCUCCACCCUCUGCUCCCCCCUUUCCCUGCAUCCCUCCCCUGAAGCCCUCCUGACCGCCCCACACCCGGCCCUCCCCGGCUGCUCUGCCAUGGAUUCUCCAAACUGCAUCAGAUGGACAGUUUCUGCACUGGACUUUAUUCUCGUUCACCUUCAGGGCAUUGAGCUGCUGCCUUCGUGACACCCCUCGGGUGCCACAGGGUGGCCGCCUUAGAAACACACCUAUCUAUCUCCCCAAAUCAGGAAAGGAGACUUUAAGAAUAUAAAGCUGACUUUUUGCUUUUUAAUAUAAGAUAGAAAAAAAAGACAUUUUUCAAAGACGUAUAGAUACUGUCUCCACUCCUUCAUUUUUUUCCUUAACAUUUUAGCAGUUUUUAUCUCUUUUUUUUUUCCCCCCCAAAUUUGAUUUAGACUCUGCUAGGAGCACUGAAUGUCUAUAACUUAUGUUUUGGAGGGUUUUUUUUUUUUAAUUGCCCUAUUUGUUCCUCAAGUCACACUGUAAACUAGUUCAUCUCAGUGGCAUAUUCAGUAUCCUAGGGUUUUUAUUAGCCUUCCCUGUACAGUCCAGUUUUCGUGUAUUCGAACAGCCAAGACCAUGAACUUGGCUGUGGUGUUUGGAGACCAGGAGUGGGGUUGGACUCACAGGUUUUACAGAGGUGGGAUUUGGUGGCAGCCAUAGGGAAGCGUGUGGCUCAGGAGUUCUGAAUGUAAGCGGAAGCCCCAUCCUCCUGGCUCGCUGUGUCUGGUACUGCGAAUGUCUGAUUAAUAUACCCAGAGUGCAUUACACAUGCAGGGCCUCCUGAGUGGAUCCGUGUUCACGUCUGCCACACCUCAGAACCGUGGGCUCCUCUCCCUUUCCAGGGCCUCGGGAGUUCCAGUGGCUCCUUUGCUCGUGGCCAUGGGGGUCCCCACAUUAUCCUCAGCCCUCCUUCUGGGACAGUAGUUGAGCACGGUGCCUUGUGGGCCAAAUGAUUGACGUUUCAAGAAUGGGUGGCAAUAGAGCACGUUCAUCUUGACUGUGAAAGAUACCCUUAGGUUUUCCUCUCCUGGUGCCCCAGCUGUGAGCAACUUAGGUUUUGCACACUCAGUCCAAAUGCUGAGAGGGUGCACCUUUCCCUCCUUACAAGAGGUGGUUCCAUCAGGGUCACUGCUCAACCCUCUCCCCAUCUCUGAGUGAGCAAAGUGCUGGUGGUCCCUGUCCCCAAGGCUGAGUCAUAGAGGAGGGCACGCCAAGGGUUCGAGCUGGGAAUGACCAGCAUCGUGGGCUGGUCUAAGGCUCUUUGCAAAGGCAUGUCCUACCAUCCUGGAGUUGGCUGAGUCCACUCCAUCUUUUCCUGGUAAUAAAGCAUUACUCAACUGCAAGAUACCUCGACUUCAAGAAGCACUGUACAACAGUCCUCUCCCGCCCUGGUCUAUGACCAAUGAGGAAGUCAAGUUGGUGAAAAACUCAAGGUUUAGGAUCAUGGACCAGAACACUGUCCCUAAGGGUCACGCCUGUUUGCUCUGCCUCGUGAGCGCUAAGCCAGCUUGCCCCUGCACGCCUUGGAUAUACUGAAAUGCGUCAAGGUGGGCUAUUUCCGUUUCCUCUCCUGGAGGAGUUCUACAGAUUUCUUCCAGAACAUUUCCCACUGGGGUCAUGCCAUCAGAGGAGCCUCCAUCUGGCCCAGAGCUGGGGAGAAAUCUGGACAGUCAUCAAAGGUCGCUCCCUGCAGAAUAUGGGUGCAUCAGCAAACUUCAACCAGGCCCUUGGGGGCCUUCCAGAAGGCGGCUGUGGGUUGCUGAUAAGUGGCAGAUACCAACAGCAGAGGUCCCUCAGCUUGGCUGCUGAGGGAGGACCAGAGCUGCCCACUCUGUGGUCAGUGGGCUGGAGCCCUGGAGCUCAUCCUUCCUCUCACACCAGAGCUGUGCUGGUGUUGCCUCAUUCUGGGCCAAUUCAAAAAUAAGCAUUUCGUUUUCUUGCAAAGCCAUCAGAGACCAAGCCCAGACAUGCAUGUAGAAGACUCGGCAUUCUUCUCUCUAAGCUGGUGUGUGCUUCCUCCGCACACUCUCAGUGAAAAUUCCAGUAAGUCUUACUAAACGCUAGGUAUCUGGUCAUACAUGUCACUUCCUGUUCUGUUCUCCCCACCCUCAGUUCAAUCCUCUGCUCUGCAGGUGUGAUGUGGCUGCCUCGCGUCAAGAAACAAGAUGGCAGAUCACAUGCUUGCUCCCUCCAGUUCCCCAGAAACUGGCGUCACCAACAGGAGAGGCUGCACCAAGCCCCCUUAGUCUCUUUUAUGUGGGCAGCUCCCCCAGCGCAAAUCCUGCAAUGAACAGCUUAAUAGAACCCAAAGAUCUUACAGGUCCAGCCACUGGCCCCCUAUUCCAGCAAUAUCUGCCUCAUCCAAAUUCUAGUUCAGCCAAAGGAUCGAGAAAGGCUCUUCCAGGUCUGCCCCUGCUGCCCAUCUGGCAUUGGCCUCCCAGCUCUGACCAUCGCAGCGGCUUUCCACCCCGGGCCUUUGGGAAUGGGUGGGCCAGGAGGUCGGGUCAUUCCUACGGUGUUCUUGGCAGGCACCUGCUGACCUGCACACGACUUGUCCCAAGCCAUGUGAGUCCCAGGACAGAAAUGGCCAGGUUCUGGCAUGCCUGGACCCCAGGGGGAGCCGGCACAGACACCACUCUGCAGAAUUCGUCUCCCUCAUUGUGGGAAGUCAGCUUCACCACCAAAGCCCACGCCAAGGGCGACACCAUCACGGCGGUCCUCUGAGACAGUGUUGGGGCUGGGCAGUCUGGGCUGCACCAAAAGCAGCAGCGCCACCCGAGUCUUUGUGGGCAGGUGCCUCAUGCCACCACAUUCUCCCCGCCACCAGGCACUCCGGAGCCUGCCUCAUUCCCGCUGAUAGUUAGAAAGCAGGAAACUGUGGAGCCCGUGUCUGCUUCCUCUUCAUCUUGGGGGCUCAUGGCACAGAAAGCUACCGCAGGCAUGAGCAAGGAUGCUUUGCCACCUUCCACUUGGCAACCUCGUGCUUGGCAUCAGGGGAUUGAUUCUUGGCUGGAAAAUGGUCUUGAGCUUCCCUGGCCAGGAGAGGACAGCCCAGUGACACCGUGGAGAAGGGAUGUAACACCAGGACUCCUGGAAGGACCUUCUUUUACACCAAAUCUAUAGGUCGGCCAGUGUCCUCUGCUUCCGUUUGCUUCCUUACGUCCUGCUCUCUGAAGAAACACCAGAGAACAACUCUGCGCGCUGUGCUUUCCACUGUGAACCCAAGUCCCUGCCUUUAGGGAGCUCCCGGGCGUGUGCAAGGCCUCCUGCUUCCGCCUGGACUGAGCCAGGCUCCUUGGGAAGUAGGCACUGGAGAUAAGCUAGGGGUGCAGCAUGCACUCUCUCCGGGGGGGCCGGAGGUUCAUCGGAAAGGCUUCACAUGAAACUGGGAAAAGUGAGGCAACCCAGAAGGGGAACGGUACCUGCAUUUUUUAUCACGGUGGAUGCGCUUGCAGGAGUCGGGGAGAUGGCGCGCUGGGCAGGUGGACCUCCUCCUGUCCCACUGAACUGGGUCAAGCUCAUAGCUUGGCCCUUGCGUUGGGUUCAGCAGCAGCACCUGUGACCCUAGGCUGUCCCUGCAGGAGGUCUGUAGGAAGGCUAGACAGCACCCAGAGGCUCGGUUGGGUUCAGGCUGUUCCGUGAGAUAGCAGGUUGGGGGCUCCUGUCUCAGCCCCUAUAUCCAGCUGGGCCAGGGGGAGACUGGGCAGGGGCCUGCUGCCCCUCUUCACUGUGGCUAAUGUUUGCUAGGCCAGUUAUGGUGAACCAAUGAUACAGUGUUUUCCCUCUUACGUUUCCCCUUUUUAGGGUUUUCUGGAGGAUUGUUGUUUUUCUUGUCUCAUUUGGGUUUGAGGAUCGGGGUCGGUAGAGGUCUACCUUGGCCUGGAGGGGCCCUGUGGUUUCUGUGUGAAGAGGCACCUGCCCUCUCUGAUGAGGGUAGAGAUCGUUAGGUUGCUGUGAGUUACAUUCAUGCCCCCACCACCGCCCCCUCGGGUGGCCUUUAAAGCUUCAGUCCUGACACACAAGGCUUUGCUGGGUUGGCAGCUGGGCGUCAGCACCAGGCCCCACAAGGGUCCUACUCACCCGCCCACACGUCUCACCGGGCACCUCGACUCUUCGAACCAAAGUUCCUUAAAGGGGCACAGCCCAGCCUAGUCUGCAACCUCAGGAGCCUGGGAUCCCCGUGGCUAAGUCUGGGUUGGCAGAGACUGUGGGGUCUGAGACCAGCAGGAGGAAGAGGCCCCUCCACCACCCAGGUGCCAGCCCAUCUUCCCCCGCAGACCCUUGGGGGUUCCCAGGUGGAGAGCCAGUGUGUGGACUGGCCUGGGGCUGGGGCUCUCCAGCCAGGAGAGAGAGGGCUCUGCAGAGCUGGAGGCUCAGACCCACCAGGUGGUGCGUCCGGGGCCAUUCAGAUCCCAAGCAUCAGGAAAUCAUUUUGUACAACCACCCAAAGCAGAGAUAUUUUUUAAAAAGCAUAAAUUAUUUUCAGUUGGUUUCUGAUCCUUUUUCUUUUCCCCGUGACUUCACAUCGGUGAUUAUUUCACAUCAGGUAAAUCUCGAGAAAGCCUUGGUGCCCCUCCCUCCCACACCCCACUCAGUGACCACGUGCGUGCACCCCAUCCUUUCUCAGUAGUAAGACGUUCUAGGCAAUACCAUAGGCACAGCUGACUGUGUCUCUUCGAGUGCAAGAAACUCAAGUCAUCUUUAAAAAAUACAAAAAAAAAUUUACAAAAAAACAAACACAAAAAAAUAUCUUUUUUAGGCCAGAGUUUUCUACAGGUAUUAAUGAAUAUUUUUCUUAAUCCUUAUAAGUUUUAUGUGUUUAAUAUUUCUUAAUACCGGUAGCAUUAAUUUAUACUUUUGUAGCAACACAAUAUUUUUAUAAACAGCCAGUGCUUGGCUCCAGUCUCCACGAGGGGUUUAUGCAGGGCCAUCUUGGGUCCCUGUGUACCAUGUACUGUAUUUAAAAAAAAAAGUUACCUAGUGUCACCCUUGCUGUGUUAAUUAACAAAAGACGUUGUUUGUGGUCUCCUGUGUCGUUGGUGUGGAUCCAACAGCUCUCCAAGGAGUCACUUUGCAUGGGGGUUGAGUUGACGGUUCUUGUGAUAUGUAAACCCCCAAGACCAAACUUGAGGGUUUAUUUAGGGUUUUCUGUUUGUCCUUGGGUUUUUUGUUUCACUUUGUUUUGGUACCGUUUCUCCAUUUACAGCCAAAAUCAGUUCCGUGGUGUUUAAAACUUUUACUGAUGUCAAAUGGAGGAAAGGAACAGGAAAGAUUUUUACAAAGUAAUAAAAUUUAAAACUGAGCUGUUUAAAUGUUGCUGUUUUUACCUGUCUGUCCUUGUCCGAAAGUGGGACAUUCCCAGGGAGAAGAGGAAGGUUCCACUUGGUUUCUUAAAUCACCAAAAGCCCCAGCCCAGAAUUCAGCACCCCCUAUCCCUAGAAUUCUUGCAACAUUAUUUCCCAGUUGGUUGAUGCCAAGGCAAAAAGACAUCCUUUUAAUGGUUAGAGAGGAUCAGUUGCUUAAAUGAUUUCAUGUCAGUGUUGUAUUUAUGGUUUUACAAUAAAACAACCUUUAGGAAGA